GAGAGAAGAACUGGGAGGAGAAACCACACACACACAACUACAGGCGACAACUAACUUUAAACACUUUCUAGGGUUUCGUGCAUCAGCAGGUGAAUAUGAGCGACGCGAAUCAGCCCAAAGUUGAACUUUUCGUGAAGGCAGGGAGCGAUGGUCAGAGCAUCGGCAACUGCCCGUUCUCCCAGCGCCUCUUCAUGGUGCUGUGGCUGAAAGGAGUCACCUUCGAUGUGACAACAGUGGAUAUGAAGAGGAAGCCGGACAUCUUGAAGGAUUUGGCUCCAGGUGCCCAGCCUCCCUUCCUGUUGUACGGCAGCGAGGUCAAAACGGACACCAACAAGAUUGAGGAGUUUCUGGAGGAAAACCUCUGCCCUCCAAAGUAUCCCCGUCUGGCUGCCCGUAACCCAGAGUCCAACACAGCAGGCAUGGAUGUUUUCUCCAAAUUCUCAGCUUACGUCAAGAACUCAAACCCUCAGACCAACGAAAACUUGGAGAAAGGCCUGCUGAAGGCUCUGAAGAAGCUGGACGACUACCUCGGCUCCCCGCUUCCUGAUGAAAUUGACGAGAAUAGCGUCGAUGAGCUCACUUCCUCGUCCCGCCCCUUCCUGGACGGCCAGCAGCUUACUCUGUCUGACUGCAACUUGCUGCCUAAGCUCCACAUCAUGAAGGUGGUGUGUUUAAAAUACCGAAGCUUCAACAUCCCCCAGUCCCUGACAAACCUCUGGAGGUACCUGAACGCAGCGUACAUCAGGGAGGAGUUUGCCUCCACCUGCCCAAUCGACGACGAGAUCCACAUCGCCUACUCCUCUGUAGCUAAAGCUCUCAAGUAGGAGGGUAACCCUAACCAGGAGGCACAAGUCAUACAACACAUACAUAGAUUACAUAGAAUACACAAGCACAAAAACACACACUUACCCACUUGCACACACGCUCUGAAGCAACCUGGUCGAUCUAUUUCUCAAGAGGCUUUUAUUGCGUCUGUUUGUUCACUUUUUUACAGCUUUAAAAUAUACUAAAUAGUUACAUGGGGACUUUUUUAAAUCCUUGAACAUUUGUGAAUUUUAAGAAGAAAAAAAAAAUCUAAAACACUUUU